AUGCAAAUAAAUCAACAAAGAACCGUUCUUCGAAACAUUCUCAAGUGGGGUUCUGGAACCGCAUAUGGACUCGAUAACGCCUUUGAUUCUAAUACAGGUCUGGAAGAAUUUCGGUCUCAACAGCGUCUCACAUCAUAUGAAAACUAUGACAAGUACAUCCAGCGUAUCAUACAAGGAGAGUCUGAUGUCAUGUUUCCAGGACAACCUGACUAUUUUACUUUAACUUCCGGGACUUCUUCAGGGAAAAGUAAGCUCUAUCCCAGACAAAUGGCGUCCGAUUUCGAGAGGUUAAUGACUCACAAUGUCCACACAAGGAGAGAACUGUUUGAUAUACCCAAAGUAGGCAAGCUCAAGUUCUGGAUGGACGUGAGGACUGCGCCAACUCUCACGCUAUCUCCGGCUGGGGUCAGACAAGGUCCUGCGAGUGGAGCUGGGGCCUUCGUCUGUCCCUUUAGACCAUCACCUGAUGUUGCAUAUGAAAUAAGACAGGAGCAGGCAUCCUUGUAUGUCCAUGCAUUGUUCGGUCUGACGUGUAAAGACGUCACCUUGCUAAGCUGCCUCACAGCACCUACGGCCUUGAACUUCUUCAGGGUCAUCGAGACACGGUGGGAAGCCAUGUGUGAUGAUAUAGAACGUGGAAACAUCUGCAAGUGUCCUGGUCUGCAGGACGAUGUGAGGCUCAAGCUUCAGAAGCAUCUGACUGCUGAUGCAGAGAGAGCUGGUGAACUGAGAUGUAUCUUCAAGGAAGGCUUCCACAAUAUUGGACCACGAGUCUGGCCAUGUUUGUCAGUGUUACACACAGCGUCAUCGGGAGCCUACAUUCCAGCGGUGAGAAACUAG